AUGGAUUCAGUUUUAUUCUUAGAUGAAGCCAAGUCAGUUAGCGUUGUCACUUCGGGCGUCGUGCAGCUGGGGAGCGAAAACGGCCCAGUCAACGCGCACCCGCUAAGACAAUCGCAUGAAUUGGCGCCAGAGUCCGCCAAGCUAGCUGGCUGGCAGCAGAUCCUUGCAGGGAAGCAGAGGCGAGGCCCAUCCGCAAUACGUCCGUGGAGUUUACGCCGGACGGGAGUCGCGUUUGCUGCUUGCUUCUCGAACCAGCGUCCUGCAGACGGCGUGAUGAGUGGCUGGAGGUUAAUGGGCUCUGAUGAUGUUUGCUGCCAGGUUCCGCCGCCCCGGUUCGUCCUGACAGACGAGCCCACCGAUCCGGAGCACAGCAGAGGCAGAGGCGGAGCUGGACUUGCAGAAGCACAGAGAGAGAGAGAGAGAGAGAGGGAGAAUUUCCAAUGGAACUUCCAGCGGAGCAUUUGCCAAAUUGGGUUCGGGCCGAAGCUGGGCUUGGGUUCAGACAGAGCAACACUUCUUCGAUGCCGCUCGCUGCCCUUGGACGGUGGCAAGGAUUCCGCCAUACUAUUGAGUGACUGUGCGACACUGACGGCGGGCGGGAUCUCUCUGGGUUCACGACAGGCUGCGGAGCAUUCUUUCGUCGUCGUCGUCGUCGUCAAGGUUCUGUCGGGAACUCGCUAA